AUGGAUAUUGAACGGUUGAUGCGGGAUUUGCAUGUGAAUGACUUGCAGAGAAUAUAUUCGGAAUUGACGGUGGACUUGGAAGAGAAGAAGGAGGAACUGAGGCAAAUGGUCGGAAGGCGGUAUAGAGAUGUACUUGACGCUUCCAGUUCUGUCAGGAAGGUCACUGAAAGUGCCGAUGCCUUUGCAAACAAGUUGAGAGAGAUUCGAGGGGCAGUGUCUGACCGUUCUUUUACAUCAUUGUCAUGGUUGGCACGGCAGCAGUACAUUCAAUUGUCGGCGCUGAAUAAGUUGUACUUUUUAAUUGGAACGAUGGAUCCGUUAUCAGAUGUAUUCGUACUUUUAUUGGUUGAAAGCAUUCAUCGUACGCUAUCUGCAGAAGUAGUGCGAUCUACUCAAGGUUCAGCGUUAGUUAAACUUUUGUCUCCGAAAUUAAUCCGAUUACGGCUUAGUCUAGAGGACGAAUUUGUUGCCAGUCUUGGAGACCUGUCAACACCAGGGGAGACAGUAAAUCAACUGGUUGCUAUUGGUGUAUUAAAAAAAUUGUCCAUUCCUGAUCUUCUGAAAUUGUUUUUGGAUAGCAAAACGUCUUCUAUAAGAAAAGAUCUCGCGGAAUCUCGUUCGCUCAUAAAAAUUGUUUGGAAUAUUAGAAGAAGUUUUGAGUGUAUUCAGCGGCUAUUUAUUGAUGGGCAACUGGGAGCCGUUUUGCGUUUCUUUUAUACUUUCCAUUGGAUUCCAAAAGCUGUUGACCAGUGCAUUAGCGAUGAACCGUUAUCUUUUUCUAAUUGUUUACAAACAGAAAUCUCACAUUUGGCUGAAAACAAGGUGCCACAUUCGCUGGAUUCUCUUGAUCAAGAAACCUUCAAGGAGCAGUGCUCCACAUUUUUAGAAACGAUUUGCGUGGCAUCAAGAGAAAUGGUGGAGCAAAAAUGCAGUUUAUUUGAAAGUACAUCUAGCGUCUUAGAUUUUUUAACUGUUCUUUUGGAAGCGUUUGAAAAGGAUUGGCCUGUCAUCGGCAGUGGUGAUAUUGUGUACCAGAAGUUUUUCCAGAAUUUAAUCCGCGAUAGGUUUAAGGUUCUUGUCUCUUCUGAAUUAGACGACAUUAUUAAAUCGUUUCUGUCUAAAGUUCCUUCUGUAAACUGUCAUCCGCCGUCUCUUUUUAAGAAAAGAAGUACUCGUUUUGAACCAUUAUUGGCCUGUGGUGUUUCAGAACAGCUUGUUGGUCUCGUAGAACAGUUUGAUAGCGAUCUUCGAUGUCUUCACGCAAAAGUGCAGAAGUAUGAAGCUUUAGGAAAAGAAAGUGACUUGCAACAGUUACAUGAGCAGUUGGCGGACUCAGUUGUUGAAGUCUUGUCAAAGUGCCGUCUUAUUUAUUUCGUUUCUUUCUUUUUUUAUAAGUUUUCUCGUGCACUGGAAAAUACCACAAUUUAUUUGUGUUUAUACUGCAGCGUCGCUCAUUUAUGCGAAAUUAAAGUCGAGGAAAACGUUCACAGCACUGGUUCAAAAGAAGAGCAUUCUCUGAUAAUGACACGUGUAUAUUUGGCGCUCUUAAGGCCUAGAAACUCUGUAAUUUCUUUGUGCCUUUCUGGUAAUAACGAAAAAAUUGGAAAAUGUGCUAAUCUCUUGCGAACGACGGCUGAAAAACAUUUCUGCGAUUUCUUAGAUGCACUAGUAGGAGAGUGUCUUGAAUCCUCCAACAUUAAAAGCAUCGGUGAAAUAUGUUUCGAUCCAUUCGCAUUUAUUUCAUAUAUUCAAGAAUAUGAAAAAGUGGAGUUACCAGAAGUUGGUGUCGUUGAAGUGCCCUUGCAAGUUACGUCCGUUUUGUAUGGCUUUCUUUACAGCCUUUGCGCGAAGAUAUCCAUACAUUCACUGAGCCACAUGUUCACCAGGCGGAUUCGUAUGUAUCUCAACGAAAAAUUGGGCAUUAUUCUUGGUGGUGUUUAUGGCGAGGUGUUAAAGCAGAAUAAACCACUAAUAUCACGUAUAGCAGUGCAGUACCUUUUUGAUGUUCGACUUUUAAAUUGUUUGUUCUCUACUGAUCCUGUGCGUCACCUAAUUGGACAAUUCGAGGCGUUAGUCGACCCUUUUGACUUGAGCCUUAUAAGUAAUCUUCUGGCGAGGAACGCUCGUAUAGCUGCGCAACGUUACUCUGUUUUAUUUGCCCCUCAUUUUGGCGACUCAUUUACUUCAAAGGAACCAUCACUGAGUGCAUCGUAUACAGCAGUAGUUGAUAUUGUGCCGCGAGUGACUGACGUUCCAAGAUUUACCCUUAUUUCUAGGCUGUCAAAAGCAUCUAGGAAUCCUGGAGAGCCCCUUCGGACUGUUGCUUCCGCUGUCAACAUUAGCUCACGGAAGAAGACUGGUCGGCAAGGCGAAAGUGUAAGAACUACACCUUCUUUGUCGUCUCUUUACAAUUGGUUUGGGAAAUAG